AUGGCUGAUGCUCUUGCCUCUCCUAGACCCAUCUCGCUAACACGAGAAAACAACCCUCGUCGUGCCUUCCUUCUCGCCAAGCUGAGCUCCAAGCCCAGUCCUGACGAACAGGAACAGAAAAGUCCCAGCUUGAGCGCUUUCCUUCGGAAAUUCAGCAAGUUUGGCCCGGACCUAGGGGAGAAGACCCAGCCCAGUCCUCAGCGGAGCAUCGCUCCCCCACCGAGGAUAAAACCCAGGUUACUUGGAGAUGUCCGACUUGUCUUUAAUGUGAGCGGUCGCCGCUUCGAGACAUGGAAGAGCACGCUGGACAAAUUACCGGACACUUUUCUGGGAAGCACGGAGAAAGAAGCUUACUUCGACGAUGACACCAAGGAAUACCACUUUAACAGGGACCCUGAGAUUUUCAGGUAUAUUUUGAAUUAUUACCGGACUGGUCAGCUACACUACCCUAAGUGCGAGUGCAUAGAUGCAUACGACGCGGAACUGAAUUUCUUCGGUCUUUCUGAAUUUUCCAUCAGUGAAUGCUGCUACGAAGACUACAGUGAGCACAAGAAGCAAAGACAUGAACAGUUACAGGAGCUUCUGUUGCCCGUACUUAACGUGCCCACUAAAGCCACAACCUUGCGGCAGAAGAUGUGGAGCAUUCUAGACGGUUCGAACGAGUCGGGCCACCCCUUGGCCCCCCUGUGUUACUAUACCACAGGAUUCUUUAUAGCAGUGUCAGUUCUGGCCAACAUAGCAGAAACGAUUCAAUGUGGGGCCCUGCCUGGGACCACAAAGAUCCUCCAUUGUGCAGAUAGGUACCCGAAGGUUUUCUUUACCAUCGACACAGUGUGCGUGGUGAUGUUUACAGUGGAGUACGUGACGAGACUAUACUCGACUCCAGACAGGGUCCGAUUCGUCAGGAGUCCGAUGGGACUGGUAGACUUGGUGGCAAUCUUACCCUACUACAUCGGGUUGUUUUUAAUGUCUUCCAAAACGGAGCACGGUGGCUUUGACUCGCUCUUUGUCACACUAAGAAUCUUACGCGUUUUUCGGGUCUUCAAAAUAAGCAGACCGUCACAGGGACUACGGAUUUUGGCUCAGACUAUAAAAAGUUGCGUAGACGAGCUAGGGUUUCUCCUCUUGUCCUUCAUGCUCGCCGUGGUUAUGUUCUCGACAUUCAUGUUCUAUGCGGAGAAACUCAUGAAAGCACCUGUGACAGACUUCAAAAGCAUCCCCGAAGGAUUCUGGUUCAUUUUAGUUACCAUGACUACGCUAGGAUAUGGAGACAUGCUACCGGUCACGUGGCUAGGAAAAGUUAUGGCGGGAAUUUGUUCUCUCAGCGGAGUGAUUUUGAUCACCCUACCUGUGACAGUAAUAGUGUCAAACUUCAAUCGUUUGUACUGCCAAAAUAACCCGGAUAUAGCCAAGUCUCCCGAGGCCACCCUGCUGGGAUGA